GCGCAGUAGCUAUUGAACAUGCGCAGUAAGAUGUGUCACAUGUGGUUUGUUCGGUCAUUCACCUCGGCAAGAAUCUAUGCUGAUGUUGGACACAGUGUGUAUUUUAAUAGGCAAAUUUUAUUUUAGGUCUAUGGUUACGCUGCAAAAAAAAGUCACUGUUCGAGUCAAUGUGGAGUGCAGGCGAUUAGGGAACAGGUCCUAUACAAUUUAUAGUUUUAUACGUCUUCGGUGAUAUCUUCGUGGAACACUCGUAAGCUAAUAAAAUAUCAUGCCUUCAGAAACGGCUGUUCAAAUUGUGACACAACCUAUUGAAUCUACAGAAAAAGACAAACCUCUGACAAACAAUGUUAUCAAUAAUACAACUAAUGAAGAAUCCAAAAUACCUGGUGUAUCAAAAUCCGAGCCCAAAAGUAGUUCAAAUUUAAAACGAUCUUUAGAAGAUAAACUAACAGAAAGUGACGAUGGAAAAAAAGUCAGACUCUUUGAAAACAGUACUGAUAGUAAAAUAACUGAGGAAAUUAGUUUAAAUGAUAAUAAUGAUGGCGAGAAUAAAAUUACUACAAUUGCUCCUAAAAGCAAUAUGUGUAAUGGAGCUGUUACUGAAGAGAUAAAUAACGAUAAAGUUUCUAUUGUUCGUGAUGAAAUUAAUGUAAACUGUGACUUACAAAGUGAACAUGAGGAUGUUGAAGACAAUGAUUGUAAUGAAACGAACAAUGGUAUUAGUAGCGCAGAUAACCUGUUAAAAAAAACUAUGCAAUCAGAAGAUGAUGUUGAUUCAACCAACAGUGACAAAAGUUCUAUUGAAAGAGAAGUAUCAAUUGAAAAUGGUGAUUCAGUAGAAGAAGAUUUAUCUAAAUCACCAUUAUCUAUAACCGAGAGUUUAGGUUCUACGACCAGCCUUUCUGGAAAUUGUGAAAUAAUUGAUACUGAUGAAACAUCAAAAAAUGAAAACGAUUCGAUUUCGAUUAGUACUGAAGAUUCAGAAAUGAAAGAUUCUGACAUUGAGAUGCAAGAGGAAAUUGUUCAUAAACAAAAUGGAAAUAUUCAGAUAAAAGCAAAAUUAAAAGAGAACGGCGAUUUUUCUAAAAAAUCGUUUAGCAAUAACGAUGAUAAUAAAAUAAGUACCAACAAUCUUCUUAACAUAGAUGAAACUUCCUCUGAAAAAAGACUAAGCAGUGAUGACUGUGAGGUUGUUAGUACUGAUAGUGAAAUUGACCAAGUGAAUGAUGGUCAUCCUGUUGAACCAAUUUUACAAGGAAACCGAAAGUUAAGCAAAGAAAAUUUUUCAAAAUUUUUAAAACUGUUCAAUCAAAACAAUUUUACUUUUGAGCAAUUUGAAAGUUUUUGUACACAAAAAAUUGCUGAAAAUAUUACUGAAAAAAACUCAUUGGGUAAAGAGAGGUCAGAAAUUCAUUUACUUAUGCAAAGAGAAAAAAUUUGGCGACUAAGAUAUGAGUCUUUGGUUAAACAAGUUAAGGAACUUAAGUCUAUAAUCAACAAGCAUAAAUCUGACCUGAAAACUGAUGAAAGUGCAAGACCACUCAUUCUUAACAGAACUGUGGGAUUACAAGCAAUAUUAUGUGUUAAGGAGCAUACGAGAUUGCCAAAAAGAUUGAUGUCAACACAAUUUGAUAGUAACGAUGUAGAUAUUAUUAGUGAUGAUGAUGACGUUGCUGUAACACUUUCAGACAAUCCUAGUAUUAAGACGUCUUCUACUCCAGUUAAGUCACCUCCUGUAAAGCCAACUACACCAGUCAAAGAUAAAUCAACCCAAGCUGUGAUAAAAGAUGUUCCUCCUGCAGUUCCUUUGAAUUCUAUAAAUAAUGGCACAAUUGAUUUGACUGAUAAUGAUGAUACGCCUGACAUAACAUCUAGGUCAUUCUCGGAACAACAAUCUAUCAAAAUUAUAAGGCGUCCGACAGUUAAUUCAGUUUUAUUACCUUCUUCACCUACAAACAUGACUCGAACUAUAACAACACAAGUUUCUCCAAAACCAGUAGCUUACAUUGGGAUACCAUCAACUUCUAACUUUUUAGUUCAAACAAGUACAGCUGCACCUAGCCAAUUCACUACUGUACAACAUGUAACUACCACAAAUUCAAACUCAACUAAUAAAAACAUAAAACCUUUCUUGUUCAAAGAUGGUAAAUUUAUUCCUUUACAAAUUGCGCCAGUAAAUUCACGGUCACCUACUGCUGUUACAUUAAACACGCCCAGGUUACAAGCAACUCCUGUAGCAAGAUUACAGUUAGGAAUACCAUCUAACUUACAAGCAGUGACACCUUUAAGACAUCCUGCGCCACUGCCUUCAAUACCAAACCAACGAAAUUUGCCUUCAUGGAAAAAAUUACCGCCUGCACCUAAGCUGAGUAUCACCAAAGGCACUGAGAAUGAUCCACAUCCAAAUGGAUUGGUGCUGUCUUGGAAUCUUGUUCUCAAUAAAUCUCAUGCUGAAAUAACAAGUUAUCAAAUUUAUGCUUACCAAGAAACCGUUGAAUUGCCUAAAUUUGAUCUUUGGAAAAAGAUUGGUGAAGUAAAUUCCCUUCCAUUACCAAUGGCUUGUUCACUUACACAAUUUAUGCAAGGACAAAAAUACCAUUUUGCAGUUCGAGCAGUUGACGUUUAUACAAGAGCGGGCCCAUUUAGUGUACCUCAGAGCGUUCACUUGAUAUAAAUUUUUUAUUUAUUCCACUUUAGUCAAUCGUCAAGUCAUAUUAUUAAAGUAUUGUGUAUAUUUAUCUUAGUUUAUAACGUUUUGAAAAAUCAUAAUGAUAUAUUGGUGACAAAUUUUAUUUUUAUCACAUGUAUACUUGUAAUAUUAACAUUUUUGACUUAAUUUUGUACCAAUCUGUUUUGUUAUUUUUGUGUGUGUGUGUGAGAGUUUUAUUAUAUUCAGUAAGACAACAUGCUUUAAUAAGUGUAAUUUUAUUUUUACACAAAAAACCUACUUCCUCAAUGAUGAACUUAAUUUGUAUUAAUUUAACACUGAGCGCGAUGAUAAAUAGAUUAUCAUGUAUACUUUUUUGUCAACCCGAAUUUAAACUUAAUCUUAUUUUAACUAUACAUUUGUUUUGGUUUGGAUCCUUGAAAAACUUUACAGUUGAGAUGAUUUCUGUAUGUUUAAUGUUAACGUUAUAAGAAUCGGACAAGGAAGUCAAAAGAAGAGUGCAGUGGAUUGUGUUCCUGAUUUACUACAUGCUUAGUUUAGUGUAAUUCGAAAACGGAUUAUUCCUGGAGUUCACCAAUUGGGCUAAAUUGGUUUCAGCUACACUGUGUGAAGCUCUUGAAUCGCAUAAUGUUAGUCAAUGUUUUGAGUAUUCGAUAUUGAAUUGCAAUAAUUCUCUACGAAUUUAUCAUUUUAAGUUGUUUGAAUAGCAAUUAAAUAAUAAUAAAUUCCUCUGUGAAUGGUGUUAAAAUAAUAAUUUAAAAACCAAUUCUUGCUAGAUAUACACUGUACGAGAAUAUUAUAGUUUUCUUUAUAAUAUAAGUGCU